CUUGCACGCGCCGCUACCGUUCAACGUACGUACACGUUUCAAAAGUAUAUCUAUAGUUUAACUUGACGCUACUUAGAUUUUUAGUUUUUUCUACAAUUAUGAACUACCGACAGUGUGAUGUACCAGCGAUGAUGAGCGUAGCGUUGCUGCUGCUAGCGCUGGCGUGCUCGGUCAUCGACGCAGCGCCUGCGCCUCUCUUCGAGAAUCCAGAGGAGGUAGUGAUACCGCAGAAGCGAGCGGCACUAGUGUUGGACCGAAUUCUGAUCGCGCUGCAGAAGGCCCUGCACGAACCUCCGGCAGGAUCCCACGACGGUCCGCACGCUGCGCCGCUGCGCGUUUCUUCCUACCUCGACUCCAACGACAUGAGCGCCCUGCAGCGGCGGGGGCAGGCGGGCGCCGCCGGCCGCGGGCGGGUCCUACGAUGUUACUUCAACGCAGUUACAUGCUUCUAACUCUACAUAAUAUCACAUACAAAUUCUAUAACAUCAUUUACGCUAGCUAUUUGCCUUUAUUUCUCUAACUUACAACUAUUUGAUACGAAUUUCUCAAUCCCUUAUUGUAAGAUUAUACCGUAAAUAAAUUAUGUUUUGUUGUUAA